ACUUUCGUUGUUUGUCAUUCUCGUUUCACUGCUCGAGGAAAGGCCACUAUCAGCUUGGAAAGAUUUUUGGUGGAAAUUUCUUCCGGAAUAUUCCUAUUUUCCGAAUUUUUCAUAUCCCCAGACAAACCGGAAGUGUUCUCCGGUGGUCCUGUGCGUGUUUGGUGGGUUUUAGUUGCUGCUGCUGGACGUACGAAUUUAGACGACUAAUGACGCUUGCCAUCUUUUUUUGGGAAACGCAAAACGCAGAAAAUCAAUUUUGAUGGUAAAAUUUGUGAUUUGUACGACUUUUUACAGUUACAUUUGGAAAUCACCGAAUUUAAGAAGCAUUAAGUGGUUCCGUGUAGGUUCAGUUUCAGUGCCAAGAAAAGCAUAAGUUUCGGGUCUAAAUCAAGAUGGUGAAAAGGAAGACCCAGCCGCUGAUCGAUUCGGAAAGCAGCAGUGACUCUGAAUCCGGAUCUGAUUUGGAUUCGGAACUUCUGUCGUUGGCUAAAAAGAAGAAAACUCGCCUGGCAUCCAAUUCACCCGAAAAAUCAUCUGAAUCAGAUUCGGAGAAUGAUUCCGAGUCAGAAUCAGCACCGCAGCGUAAGAAGCGCAACGCAAAGCCAUCUUCGUCUUCGGAAUCUGAGCCCGAAGAGGGAGAAGCGGAGUCGGAACCAGAGGAUGAGGACCCAAAGAAACAAGUGUCUGCGGUCCGCGGUGGUCAGAAGCGUAAGCCAUCCGAUGAGGAAGAAGAGGCAGAAAAAUCGGAACUGGAAGAGGGCCAACUUUCCUCCGACGACGAGUCCCGAUCAGGUUCUGGUGACGACAGUGAUGACGAAAGCGGAAGCAGCAGUAGCAGCGGAGAGUCUGAAUUCGAUGACGGGUACGACGAUAAUCUGAUGGGAGAUGAUGCCGAUCGGGCAAGAUUGAAUGGCCUAUCGGAAAAGGAACGGGAGACUGAAAUUUUCAAGCGUAUCGAAAGACGUGAUGUCAUGAAGACUCGUUGGGAAAUCGAACGAAAGCUGAAGCUGGCCAAAAAAGCGGAGCGGGCAAAGGACAAGGAGUCGCAGCCGCCGAAAAAGAAAAAGAAGAAGGACAGAAAGAAGAAGUUGGCCGAACAAAAAGAGCACGAGGAGAAGAAGAAAGUUAAGGUACCUACGCCAGAGCCCGAAGUUGUCCCCGCUCCAGUGCAACAACAAGAAAAAAUAGCUCCUGAACCGGAAGCAGGCGAGGAAAGUCCAAUCUCGUCACCAGACAAAUCCAGAGAAAUGGAUGACGCUUCGGGGGCUUCCGAUUACUUUGAUCCAAAAGAACGAUCGAAGGAACGCAAGAAGAACGUGGAAGCGAAUCGGACUGAUGAUAAGCGAAGCAAUGCCAUGGCGAUGCUGAAAGCAAAACGUGAAGGUAAAGCCAAACGAGAGGAGGAAGAGGCAAAACGGGAAGCUCAACGCAAGGCAGACACUGAGGACAAAGAUGAACUGGACGAUGUUCCCGGAGGGAAGUCAUCACAGAAGCUGAAAGCUUCCGAUAUCUACUCGGAUGAUUCCGGUAGUGAGAGUGAAGAGGAAAAGAAAUCCACUGGUCGUCAAUCCCGAUCUGGAUCCAGCAGUGGGAGCGCAAGCGAUAGUCGUUCCUCAUCGGAUAGUGAAACCGAAGGUGACGCAAAAGGGGAAAAGAAGAGUACUUCCAGCUCUAGUUCCAGUAAAAAACCAACCGCCAUCAGUACUCGCGAUGAACUGAAUAAACUAAGAAUCUCGCGUCAUAAAAUCGAGCGCUUUCUCCCCUUGCCCAUGUUUGAUCAGGUCGUGCUGAACUGUUUCGUUCGGAUCAACAUCGGCAAUAACAAUGGUAGACCGGUCUAUCGGGUGGCGGAAAUCGUUGGGGUCGUCGAGACGGCCAAAAUCUAUCACCUCGGCAAGGGUCGUACUAACAAGGGUUUCCGGCUGAAGCAUGGCAGCCAGGAGCGCGUCUUCCGGUUAGAGUUUAUCUCCAAUCAGGACUUUACGGACAGCGAAUAUCAAAAAUGGCUCAGUGUAUGUGAGGCGACCGGAACGCCAUUACCGCAGGCGGAAAUGAUCGAUAAAAAGCAGAGGGAAAUCAAGGACGCGGUAACGUAUGAGUUCAAGGAUGCGGAUAUCGAUAAGAUUAUCGAGGAGAAGAACCGCUUCCGACCUCAUCCUACGAAUUAUGCAAUGAAGAAAACUCUGCUGAUGAAGGAACGAGAUGCAGCCCAGUUGCGCGGCGAGGACGAACUGGCACGGGACCUGAACAUCCAAAUUCAGGAAUUAGAGGAGCGUGCCAGCACACUAGACAAGAAACGCAGCAGCAGUAUUAGUUUAAUCUCUUACAUUAAUGAUCGCAAUCGAAAACGUAAUGUGGAGGAUGCUGAGAAGGCCAUCAUGGAAGAGGUUCGUGCUUCCCGGGGCAUCAAGAUCGAGGAUCCAUUUACGCGUCGCCAGACGCAGCCUAGGAUGUCGUUCAAAGCUUCGGACAAGCGGGACGAAACCCCGUCCAUUCAAAUGCCUGCUCCACCACCACCCGGUCAAAAGAAGAAACCAGAUGAAAAGAAGGCUUCUUCGAGUGCGGACAACAACCUUUACUCGUUGCAUGAUUUCGAGAUCGAUUUGGAUGUUCCUUUACCAAUCAGUUCGGUUAAUGUUCUUCCGAAACCGGUGGAGAAACAGGUUAAGGAGACAGGUCCGAAGCGCUCGCUCAAUCUGGAAGACUACAAGAAAAAGCGGGGAUUAAUAUAAAAAGGCUUGUUGCGCCGUUUGCAAUUACUAGUAAACAUGUAGCUGUAUUUAGCAACCGAAGGAAGUGCUAUAUUAGAACGCUUGCUGGAAAGCAACUACAUUCACACUCAAACAAACACACACACAUGGCAGUAUCCUGAGCUAUUUAGGUUAAAUUGUAUGUAGAAUUCAUCUGGGUAACAAUAUCAAUUGUCCGUUGUUUUAAAUGAAACUGGAAGCUCGUUCGGUUGUGUGUGUAUAUUUUGAUUUUGCCUUCCAACAAAAAUAUCCUAGCUUCAGUUGGAUUUUGUUCUGUUAGCAAUUAUUGAAUACCUAUGCUCAUUUUCAAUUACCACAUGACGAAAAUUAGAAUUGAGUGAACAAAACUGUAAUAGUAAUGGUAAUCCAAGCGCAUAAGUAUACUUAGACCGUCUUCUAAUUUAAUUUAUUUGUAUCAUCCUUUUUUUACGAUGCCGAUGAUUAUAGUUAUGUAGGGUAAUCAAAUUAAUACUGCAAACCGUUGUGAGCGCAUUAUAAGAAAGCUUCUUACUGAAUGAUCAAAUAAAACACGUGAAUUGUUACAAUUCAAAUUGGGUGUCUCGA